UCUGCCAUGCAGUUAUCAGGUUUAGAUCUUGCUAUUCAUGGAUUCAGCCAGAAUAUUCGAAGAAUCGAGAAAGCUGGCAUUUCUUACGAAUUGAACAUUAUUCGAGACAAAUUGAUCCUAGGCUUAAACACUGAACCUGUUCUCAAACAGUCAUCAAAAGCUGAAAGUUCUUCAGGGGACUGGACAAGCUUGGGUGGUUUAGAAAGUAAUGGAGUCGAUAUAACGGCCGUUGAAGAGUUCAUGGAUUCGGAUGAUGAGCAAUACUUCAUGUAUUUGAAGAAUUUAAAUCCCAAUGACUAUAAAAAUCAGGAUCAUUACAAAGUUCUUGGAUUAUCUAAACUACGAUGGCAAGCCAACAUUUCACAGAUUCGCGCUGCUUAUCGUGCUAAAGUUUUAAAAUACCAUCCUGAUAAAUGUAGUAGAAGCGAAGAAAAAAUGGAUGGUAAUGCAGAAUAUUUUGCUUGUAUUACAAAAGCGUAUGAGCAGCUUGGAUUAUCGAAACAGAAAAGAAGAGCAUAUGAUUCUGUAGACCCAUUAUUUGAUGAUUUAGUUCCAGACGAGAGAAAGAUCAAUUCUUCAAAUUUUUACGACAUUUUAUCACCCGUCUUUAUUAGGAAUGCAAGAUGGUCUUGUCGACAGCCUGUUCCAUUAUUAGGUCAUGCAGAUAGUUCUCAAGAUGAAGUGGACAUGUUUUACUCAUUUUGGUUUGACUGGGAUUCUUGGCGAGAAUUCUCUUAUUUAGAUGAGGAAGAUAAAGAAAAGGGAGAAGAUCGUUGGGAAAGGCGUGAAAUUGACAAAACUAAUAAAGUUGAGCGUGAGAAAAGACGUAGGAAUGAAAUGAAGCGAAUUCGAAAUCUUAUUGAAAUGGCUUAUCGGAAAGAUCCACGAGUAGCACUUUUCAAGGAACAGGAAAAAAUUAGGAAAGCAAAAGAAAGAGAGGAACGCAAAAGGAUCUUAGAGGAGCGGAAAGCUGCAAGUGAAAGAAGAAGAAUAGAAAUUGAAUCAGAAAAUAAGAGGUUGGAAAAAAAGCAGUUGGAAGAAGAACAACAGCAGCGAGCGCAUGAAAAAAGAAUGAAAGAACAGCAGAAAAAGCAGCUAAGUGAAGCUAGAAGAAGGCUCCGGAAAAUAGCCGAGGGAAAGAAUUAUUGGGAUGCUGAUGUUUCAUCUAAACUGUCAUGUUUGGAAGCAAUCGAACAUGUAUGUUUACGGUUUGAUGUAAAUCGUUUAAAUGAAUUCACUGCUAAAAUCGAAUCAGUUAGCAAUAUUACAGAAGCGAUGGAUAUGUUAAAUAUAAUGAUUAAUGAAGCAGUUCCAGAGCAGAAAAAAGUCAAGAAUGACAGCUUUGAGGAUAAGAAGAUGAACAGCAGCAGGCCUCACUGGUCUCCGGAUGAAAUUGCGUUACUAAUUAAAGCUACCAAUAUAUAUCCAUCUGGCGUCAUCAGGAGAUGGUCGGAAAUUACUGAUUAUAUUAAUAAACAUCGUAAAAAUAAAGAAGCUGAUAAGAAGACAGAAAAAGACGUCGUAAUUCAGGUGAGGGCAAUUAAGUCUUUGAGUGAUCAUAGUCCAAAGGAAAUCAAAAAUAUUUUGACCAAUGCAGUGAAAGGGGAUCAGUGGAGUUCUGAAGAACAGAAGUUACUUGAAAGUGCGCUCAAACAGUAUCCUUCAUCAGAUCCAGAGCGAUGGGAUAACAUUGCAAAAUUUGUAGGAAAGUCGAGGAAGGAAUGCAUAGAAAGGUUAGAUAUACUUAGUACUAUAGCUCCUACUCAUGGUCACUAUUUAAUGAGAUUCAAGUAUCUCGCAGAACUGGUAAGAAGUAAGAGAAAGCAGCUCUAA